AUGUUUUCUGUCAUUAUUUCGGAGCUCGAAACACUGGGCAUAAAUAUUGAAGACUGUCGUGGGCAGUCAUAUGAUAAUGCCGCGAACAUGUCUGGCAUGUACAAUGGCUUGCAGGCAAAAAUUCGAAAUCAAGCACCUUUCACAUUUUACGUGCCUUGCUCUGCCCAUUCUUUGAAUUUAGUGGCAACUGCCGCUGCUGAAUCGUGUAUAGAAGCAUGUCGCUUUUUUAUGACGCUACAGGAAAUUUAUGUUUUUUUUGUAAGCUCGACACAACGCUGGCUUAAAUUAAUGACUGAAAUCGGGAAAGGCAAAACCCUGAAAAGAGUGAAUCUGACACGUUGGUCAGCGAGGGAGGACGCGUGUAAAAGCUUGAGAGAUUCUUGGCACGAAGUUCUUAAGACUUUGGAAUCAAUCAAAGACGAUUGUACCGAAAAGCCUGUAACGCGACAAGAAGCGGCGGGAAUACUCUUGAAUUUGGAGAAACUGGAAACGGCGGCUUCCGCCGUAGAUUUGAUCACCGUUGCCGAUCUUUACGAAUCACUUCGUAAGUUUUUCGUAGCUGAACGAGAUAAUUUCAAGUAUUUCGAAGAAAAGGCGAUGGAGAUAAACGUAUCGAAACAGUACACAACAGAAAUCGGAAAAAGGCAACCGAAAAGAAAAAAAAGAUUUGAUGAAACAUCAGAAGAAGUUAUUACAAUGACUGCGAGUGAAAGUUUCAGAGUUAACACGUUUCUCGUCCUCGUAGAUAGACUGGUGACCGAGUUAGAAAAACGGCAAAACGCCUACAACGAUUUUAACGAGAAGUUUUCAUUUCUAACCAAAAUGAGUGAGUUGACACCCACGACCCUGACGGAAAAAGCUCUUUCCUUGGAAAAAAUAUUUUAG